GCGCGCGGGGGCCGCGUCAGCGCCCGCGAGCCCAUUCAUCUGUGCACUUGGGCGUUGGACCCCGCAUCUUAUUAGCAACCAGGGAGAUUUCUCCAUUUUCCUCUUGUCUACAUUGCGGCUACAAAUCUGGGAUUUUUUUAUUACUUCUUUUUUUUAAAAAACUACACUUGGGCUCCUUUUUUUGUGCUCGACUUUUCCUCCCUUUUUCCCUCCCUCCUGCGCUGCUGCUUUUUUAUCUCUUCGACUUAAAUUUUUUUAUCCGGAGUGUAUUUAAUCGGUUCUGUUCUGUCCUCUUCACCACCCCCACUCCCCCCUCCCUCCGGUGUGUGUGCUGCUGCCGCCGCCGCUGCUGCCGCCGCCGCUGCUACUGCCGCUCGCCCCGUCGUUACACCAACCGGAGGCUCUUUGUUCCCCCCUUGGAUCUGUUGAGUUUCUUUGUUGAAGAAGCCAGCAUGGGUGCCCAGUUCUCCAAGACCGCUGCGAAGGGAGAAGCCACCGCGGAGAGGCCCGGGGAGGCGGCUGUGGCCUCGUCGCCUUCCAAAGCGAACGGGCAGGAAAAUGGCCACGUGAAGGUAAACGGCGACGCUUCUCCCGCGGCCGCCGAGCCGGGCGCCAAGGAGGAGCUGCAGGCCAACGGCAGCGCCCCGGCCGCCGACAAGGAGGAGCCCGCGGGCGCCGGGAGCGGGGCGGCGUCGCCCGCCGCGGCCGAGAAGGAGGAGCCGGCCGCCGCCGCCGCCCCCGAGGCCGGGGCCAGCCCCGCGGAGAAGGAGGCUCCCGCCGAGGGCGAGGCCGCCGAGCCCGGCUCGCCCUCGGCCGCGGAGGGGGAGGCCGCGUCGGCCGCCUCCUCGACGUCUUCGCCCAAGGCGGAGGACGGGGCCACGCCCUCGCCCAGCAACGAGACCCCGAAAAAAAAAAAGAAGCGCUUUUCCUUCAAGAAGUCUUUCAAGCUGAGCGGCUUCUCCUUCAAGAAGAACAAGAAGGAAGCGGGAGAGGGCGGGGAGGCCGAGGGCGCAGCCGGCGCCUCCGCCGAAGGCGGCAAGGACGAGGCCUCCGGGAGCGCCGCUGCGGCCGCCGCAGAGGCGGGCGCUGCCUCCGGGGAGCAGGCGGCCGCGGCGCCGGGCGAGGAGGCCGCGGCGGGUGAGGAGGGGGCGGCGGGCGGCGACCCGCAGGAGGCCAAGCCCGAAGAGGCCGCCGUCGCGCCCGAGAAACCAGCCGCCAGCGAGGAGGCCAAGCCCCCCGAGGAGCCCAGCAAGGGCGAGGAGAAGGCCGAGGAGGCCGGGGCCAGCGCCGCUGCCUGCGAGGCGCCCUCAGCCGCCGGGCCCGGUGCGCCCCCGGAGCAGGAGGCGGCGCCCGCGGAGGAGGCGGCGGCCGCGACAGCCUCGUCAGCCUGCGCAGCCCCGUCACAGGAGGCCCAGCCCGAGUGCAGUCCAGAAGCCCCCCCAGCGGAGGCGGCAGAGUAAAAGGGCCCGAGUUUUGAGAUAAUCGAAGAACUUUUCUCCCCCUCCCCCCCCCGUUUGUUUGUUGGAGUGGUGCCAGGUACUGGUUUUGGAGAACUUGUCUACAACCAGGGAUUGAUUUUAAAGAUGUCUUUUUUUUUAAUUUUCCUUUUCUUUUUACGCAGCAAAUUUUGUUCCCCCACCCCUCCUCCCCCCACAGAUCCCAUCUCAGAUCAUUCUGUUACCACCAUUCCAACAGGUCGAGGAGAGCUUAAACACCUUCCUCUGCCUUGUUUCUCUUUUGUUUUUAUUUUUUGCAUCAGUAUUAAUGUUUUUUGCAUACUUUGCAUCUUUAUUCAAAAAUGUAAACUUUCUUUGUCAAUCUAUGGACAUGCCCAUAUAUGAAGGAGAUGGGUGGGUCAAAAGGGAUAUCAGAUGAAGUGAUAGGGGCCACGAUGGGGAAGUUUAAGUGGUGCGUGACAUUGCCAAGAGUAACGUACCGCUAGAAAUAAAUGAUGGUGUAAAGGCUUAGUCUUUUUCUUUUUUUUUUAAAGAAAAGUUAUUACGAUGUAUUUUGUGAGGCAGGUUUACAACACUACAAGUCUUGACUAAGAAGGAAAGAGAAGAAAAAAAAAAAAAAAAACACCAAUACCCAGAUUUUAAAAAAGAUCAUAGUCUUAGGAGUUCAUUUAAACCAUAGGAACUUUUCACUUAUCUCAUGUUAGCUGUACCAGUCAGUGAUUAAGUAGAACUACAAGUUGUAUAGGCUUUAUUGUUUAUUGCUGGUUUAUGACCUUAAUAAAGUGUAAUUAUGUAUUACCAGCAGGGUGUUUUUAACUGUGACUAUUGUAUAAAAACAAAUCUUGAUAUCCAGAAGCACAUGAAGUUUGCAACUUUCCACCCUGCCCAUUUUUGUAAAACUGCAGUCAUCUUGGACCUUUUAAACACAAAUUUUAAACUCAACCAAGCUGUGAUAAGUGGAAUGGUUACUGUUUAUACUGUGGUAUGUUUUUGAUUACAGCAGACAAUGCUUUCUUUUCCAGUCGUCUUUGAGAAUAAAGGAAAAAAAUCUUCAGAUGCAAUGGUUUUGUGUAGCAUCUUGUCUAUCAUGUUUUGUAAAUACUGGAGAAGCUUUGACCAAUUUGACUUAGAGAUGGAAUGUAACUUUGCUUACAAAAAUUGCUAUUAAACUCCUGCUUAAGGUGUUCUAAUUUUCUGUGAGCACACUAAAAGCGAAAAAUAAAUGUGAAUAAAAUGUA